GCGGAGUAAAACCUCUCGCCUCUUCCUCUCUGGCUUUAACAACUUCAGUGGAAUAACGAAAGGACAAAGAGGAUACGAUCUAGAUUCUAGACAAACCUUCUUUAUAACCAGAAGAAUCGUUAAACAGUUGGAAGGGCGAAGACAGAAUUAUGAAUCUUCCGGAGGUGAAGGCGUGAGUGGAGCCGGUCUCCCACGGACAGCACAGCAUGGACAGCUUCUUUAAGGCUGCUGUGUGCGACCUGGACAAGCUGCUGGAUGAUUUUGAGCUCAAUACAGAUGAGCAUGAGUGCAGAUCAGUCUCCCUGUCGCCUCCCUCAUAUCCCGGCCACUCUCUGGGCGCCCAGGGUUUCCUUCCGGAACCCUCCAAAGUUCCAGUUCCACACUCUCUCCCUGACCUCAACUCCCUGCACUACGGCUCUGCUUCCAGCUCCCCCGACCAUCCUAGCCCCAGUUCUGUGGAGUGUGAUACCAAGGCCCGGCCCCUCACUGGGGUGGACCUGCUCUCCUCUGUAGACGGCCGGGGGUCAGCUAAGAGCUCUGCACCGCCCUGCCCAGACCGGGCCCUGAAGCCUGUGUGUGAUCUGGUCAGUGACACAGGCUCAGCCCACCUCCUCCAGGCCAACAGCCACACCGCCUUCAUUAAGCUGGAUGUGGCAGAGAGCCGGCUGGAGGAGGAGCUUCUGGUGGACUUCACCAGCCCCGUGGUGGCUUUGCCUAGGGAAGCCUCAGCAGGCCUGUGUCUGGGUCCCGGACAUGGGAGUACUGAGGGGAGGGAGGCUCUUGGCGGGGGAGGGGAGGUGCUGCUGGGGCUGGACUCUGGUGGUUAUGCUGCCUCUCUCAGUCUGCUCGAUGUGAUUUUGCCAGCUGCUGUGGAGAGAGCCUGUGAGCCCACAAAUCCCCUCUUGCUGAGAAACUCUGAGUCUGGAGAGACGGAGGGAGAGGAGGCAGGCAUAGAGGUGUCACUUAUCAACUGUCAACUGGAGAACUCACCUGACCACCAGGACCAGCCUGUAGUCCUGCCCGUUGCCAUGGACACCAAGACAGAGGACACUCCCACGUGUGAUAUCGCCACAGAUGUCAGGGAUGAGAGCGAGGGGUACUCUGAGCUGGCUGAAGCAGAGAGUUCUGGGAGCUGCACUGGACAGGAACCUAACUCUGAGGACUGCAGUGGCUUUGUGUCUGAGAGCCCCUCAGCCCUGUCCUGCCUGCCCUUGGCCGUGUCCAUGUGCAGGGCCCUGGUGGCCUCCAAGAACCCUGAGGAGGCCAUGGGAGGAGGGUUAGAUGUAGCUAAUGCUGUCCCAACUGAGAACUUAGAGGCAGAGUCCCUGUCUGUAUCUGAGGUGCAGGGGGAAGUCAAUCUCCCAGAGAACCCUGGGACUGUGGAGGAUUGUACCAGCCCUGAUUCUGCCCCUGAAGACCUCUCUGUCCAGUCCCCUAAUACAGAGAGCCCAGAGAUGACAACUAUGCCUUUCCACCUGGCUGUCUCAGAUCCCCCCGUCUCCCAGGUCAGCUUCUCUCAAGUGGAGGUCCAGCUGGCCCCCAUGUCUCCAGAGGUACCUGCGUCCCCUCCCUCAGAGCCCAGCCUAAGCCCGGUGGACCCCCCUGAGUUUGGCUUUGAGUACCUGCCGGAGAGUGACCAGGCUGGGCUGCUGGUGACGGAUGAGGAGCUGGAUGCUUUCCUCCGUGGGGAGGCUCAAGGUGAGGAAGACCAGGGAGUCCCUCACUGCGAGAGGCCCGGGGAGAACCUCCAGGACGAGGGCUUCUCCGAGCUCAAUGGGGACCUGGAGGAGCGGCUGGUGGAGGAGGAGCUGCAGAGCUACAGCCGGAGCCGAGGGGAGGGGUUGGCCUACCCGGAUAGCGACAGGACCUCGUCCGCGUCUGCAGAGGGGAGUGUGAGCUUAGCCCCCUCCAUGCCCUCCCAGGACCCCAGUAGUCCCAGUAACCUCCCACCACCCUACUUUGGAGGGGCCCGACCCAAACAGCUGCACUGCCAAGCAACCAGGGCACCUCCAGCAGUAGGGGAGGACCAGGGGCCCAGUAGCCCCACAGAUAGCACCGACGCUGGGGAGGAGGUGGACCAGAGCCCCUCUCCUCCCAGCCCCAAUCUUGCUCAGGACCCCUCUAAACUGGGUGUGCCCUGCCCAGGGUACUCCCCAACAGAGCCCUACGUGAGCAGUGUGGGGUACAACGAGCUGUCGGAGCCCCCACCCUACCCUGGUGAACCUGCUGAGGAGGGAUCUGGGUCCUCAGAGGGGAGGGAGGUGGAGGAUGAGAAUGGGCUGGGGUGCAAGCAACCCCCCUGGGUGCCAGAUUCGGAGGCUCCCAACUGUAUGAAAUGCUGGCAGAAAUUCACGUUCACCAGGAGGAGGCACCACUGCCGGGCCUGUGGGAAGGUGUACUGUGCCAUGUGCUGCAACAGGAAAUGCAAGCUGAAGUACCUGGACAAGGAGGCCCGGGUGUGUGUCAUCUGCUUCGAGACCAUACACAGAACCCAGGCUCUGGAGCGUAUGAUGAGUCCGACAGGUCCGAGCCCGAACCCCAACGUCCCGUCAGAGUACUGCAGCACAAUCCCCCCCCUGCAACAGGCCCGGGCUGCAGGCACCCUCAACUCCCCUCCGCCCACCGUCAUGGUGCCCGUCUCCGUGCUCAAAACCCCCUGCAGCGACGGUUGUCCUCGUGAGCAGAAGCGUGUGUGGUUUGCAGAUGGCAUCUUGCCCAACGGAGAGGUGGCCGACACCACCAGGCUCUCUGUGACUGGCAGAAGGAGUUCCCAGGAGUCCAGCCCUGUCACACCCCCUACGGCUGGCAGCAGAGUAUCCCCUGGCUUUGCAGCGGUGUCUGAGGGUGGUACGUUGGCCCCUGAGGUCCCAGCAAAGUUGGAGGUUGUGCGCCCCCCAGUGUCAGGGCCCUGGGACUACAGCCUGCUGUGUGGGCUAGGGAGCUGCGUAGAGAGGGGCCCCAGUCUGCUGCCAGAGGAUGACGAGGGCCUGCCACCUCUACUCAUCACCACCGGAGAAGAGGAGGGGGGAGGAGAUCUAUUGGUGGAGGAGCGACCUGCCCCCUGCCAGAUCCUGCUCCUAUUGGAGGAGGGAGGCCCACGACCUUUAACUUUUGUCCUCAACGCCAACCUGCUGGUCAAUGUCAAACUAGUCAGCUACUGCAGUAGGAAGUGCUGGUGUCUGGGCUCCAGUGGUCUACAGACAGUAGGGCAGAGGGAGGUAGUGUUCAUCCUGGAGUGUCUGUCUGAGGAGAGAUCUCUGCCCAAAGACCUGUUCACGCUGUACCUCUCCAUCUACCAGGACGCACAGAGGGGGAAGUUUGUGGAGGAGCUGGGCAAUGUGGCGUUCACAGGUAGUUUCCUGGGUAGUAAGGAGCACGGCGGGGUGCUGUUCUUCUCCCCUACCUUUCAGGCCCUGGAGGGCCUCUGUCUGCCUCCACAGCCCUUCCUCUGUGGCCUGCUCAUCCAGAGGCUGGAGGUGCCCUGGGCCAAGGUCUUCCCCCUUAGACUGCUUCUACGGCUGGGAGCAGAACACAGUGUGUACCCCAGUACGCUGGUCAGCGUCCGCUUCAGAGAGACUGUGUUCAGAGAGACCGGACACACCAUCAUGAACCUGCUGGCUGACCUGAGGAACUACCAGUACAGUCUGCCUGCCGUGGAGGGCCUGAGGAUCCACAUGGAGAUGGGCCACAGCUACAUAGACAUUCCCAAGAGUAGCUUUACUGAGAUGCUGAAGGUGGUGAACGCAUCUAACGAGCAUGUGAUCAGUGUGGGCGCUGGCUUCAGCUCGGAGGCCGAUUCCCACCUGGUCUGUUUCCAGAAUGACGAGGGCAACUACCAGAGCCAGGCCAACAGCCAGCCUGGAAAGACACGCACAGUUACGGGGGCCAGCUUCGUGGUAUUCAACGGUGCUCUGAAGGCUUCGUCAGGCUUCAUCGCCAAGUCGAGCAUCGUGGAGGACGGUCUGAUGGUGCAGAUCCCCCCAGAGACCAUGGAGGCCCUGCGCGCCGCCCUGAGGUUGCAGACGGACUUCCACAUCCCCUGUGGCAAGGCCGACGGAGGGGAGCUCCGGGACAACAUCACCGUGCGCUGGGUCGACUGGAGUGCACCCGUCAACGCUGGUGUGACCAGUGGUGUGGACGGGAAGCCUCUGGAGGGGGUCCACAGUGUGAGGAUUCAGCAGGACACAGAGUUUGAGUCGGACGGACGCACCAUCAGGUGUACUGAGGUGUUCUACGUGUUGAAGAAUCCAGACGUGAUCCUGUCUGCGGUGCUGCCGUCCUGCUGUGUGUUCCAGAGGGAGAUGGCUGUGGCCAGCUGUAGUGCUCUGACCCCUCACCUCUCUGUCCUGUCGGCCAGCGGCAUCAACUCCCUCGCCCUCCGAGUCUCCACACAAACAGACAUGGUGGAGUACCAGGCGGGUUCGGGAGGCAGGCUCCUACCCCAGCGCUAUAUGAACGAGCUGGACAGUGCUCUGAUCCCUGUCAUCCACGGAGGCUUGGCCAGCGUACCACAGACAGCCAUGGACAUGGAGUUUAUCUUCUACAUCACACACACCAUUUAACACACACACACACACAGUCUCACACAUGGAAACACACACACUUUUAAACACACACAGUACGUGCAAAUACGAACACGCACAUAAACACGUAAGUUCAGUUGCACACACACAAACUUUUAGACACACGCAGCCUGGAUGUCUUUGCACAGAGAAAAACGCUAGAGCUCAGAGGACCAUGGACAAGCUAGCAGGCCCUGAGGACACAAACAGCCAUUAAGACAUGGCUUGUGACCGGGCUGAGGAGACAUGCACAGCCAAUCAGGCGUAGCUAACGACUGAACUAAAGACACGCCGCCAAUGGCAGGACAUUCCCACAUAAUCUCUCACUGGAGGCCAGAGGUGUAGGCCUUUGUCCCUGGAUGGACAGUGGCGAAACUGGAACACGGACGUGACUUUCUGUCUAAGAAAAGUCCCCAACGCUGCUUUAACACACAAGGCCAAACACUAAACACAUAACAACAACCAAAAAAACAACCCAAACUAUCCUGACACGGACUAUUCUCAUCUCUUCCUGUUCUGCCUUCUUGGCUCCUUGCUGGUAUCGGUCUGUCAGCCAGUCAAGGAGCACCUUGAUGAAUGUUUCCAACAAACAAAGAUGUAUUCACUGUAUAUGACCACAUGGUAAGAAAUUAUGAAUUAUAAUGAUGUUACUUGAUUGACAGCUGUACACCACACUUGAGAAGUGCAGCACGAGACUCUGUCGAUGUGAAAGGUUAAUCGUCAUUUGAGGAUGUGAAUGCUAUUUUAGAAUGAGGAAAUGGCCUAUGUGGCAAUUCUGAAGUAGUUUCUCGUAAGCCUGCCAUUCUAGAAUGACGUUUCAAACUUCCUCUCUCUUCAACAGAGUGCAGCCGCGUCUUCCAUGUGGCAGACCAGUGGUAUCUGGAUGUUAUGUGGGAAGUUCCCUGACACUGUCCCGUCUUGUCCAAAUGUAUAGAAGGUAUAUGUCGCAUAUACAAAUUGUAUUGAGAUUUUUUUUAAGCUUUAAAGUACUAUUUUUGGAAACAGUUCCUUAAAUGGAAUCAAAGUUUAUAUUUUCGAUAGGAUGUUGGCUAGCUGAGUCACUUUCGCAGGUGUAGUACCGAUAAAUUCAGAGGAGCACAGAGAAAAAUAUGUGAAGAGUUCCCUUUAGUCCCCUUGAUGUCAACUGAAAUGUAACAUACCAGUGGGAUUAGUCCACCAAGUCGAACCAAAUACUGCUGCAAAACAUGAACAUUUGCACACAAAAAAAUAUUAAUAAAAAGGCAUUGAUACACUUUCCUAUUUGGAAAGAUGAGACUCUCACGAACACGAUGGUGUUCUCCAUUUUGAUCUACGUCCCCCACAAGCAUCUUGGGACUUGGCUGAAGUUGGUAGAGACCAAUUGCCAACUUCUGUCUGUAGCGUCCGAACAGUUUGGGCUACACACUAAAAUGACCCAUAUGUGUAAAGGUGAGACUCACGACCACGCACAUGUCAGUUGUUUUCCUCUAGUACGCCCACAGGCCUCACAAGACUAGUCUGAAGGUACCUGGUACCAGUCAACAAAAUUGUAUUCAGACCCCUUGACUUCUUUCACAUUUAGUUAGGUUACAGCCUUAUUCUGAAAUUGAUUCAAUAAAAAUUGUUCCUCAUCAAUCUACACAACACCUCAUAAUGACAAAGCGAA